CGUGACACGCUUUUGAGCCAAGAUGGCGAGCGCAGAGGCAGAGGCAGGUACCGCUGGAGUCGAUGGCGAUGAUGCUUUCCAGAUCUAUUAUAACGAGGUGAAACAGAUUGAGAAGAGAGACUCUGUUUUAACCCCGAAACAGCAGAUCGAGAGGUUAAUUAGGCCUGGUUCUUCAUAUUUUAAUCUAAAUCCUUUUGAAGUGCUACAGAUUGAUCCUGAAGUUACAGAAGAUGAAAUAAAGAAAAGAUUUCGACAGCUGUCAAUCCUGGUCCAUCCAGAUAAAAACCAAGAUGAUCCAGAUAGGGCACAGAAAGCUUUCGAAGCUGUUGAUAAAGCCUACAAGCUGCUUCUGGACCCUGAGCAGAAGAAGCGUGCCAUUGACGUGAUCCAUGCAGGGAAGGAAUAUGUGGAGCACAUGAUGAAGGAAAAGAAGAAACAGCUGAAGAAAGAUGGCAAAUCAACAGUGGUGGAAGAAGAUGACCCUGAAAUGUUCAGGCAGGCAGUGUACAAACAGACUAUGAAGCUGUUUGCUGAGCUGGAGAUUAAGAGGAAGGAGAGGGAAGCCAAGGACAUGCAUGAAAGGAAAAGACAAAGAGAAGAAGAGAUUGAAGCACACGAAAAAGCCAAGCGAGACCGAGAAUGGCAGAAAAACUUUGAGGAAACUCGAGACGGACGUGUUGACAGCUGGCGGACGUUUCAGGCAAAAGGCAAAAAGAAAGAGAAGAACCGAUCGUUCCUGAAGCCACCCAAAGUGAAGAUGGAGCAGCGAUAGGAACCUUGCUGGGGAGAGGAGGCCUUGCCCAUGAAACCAUCCAAAUGCAACCCACUGUCUGCAGACGAACACAAAAUAAGAGGGUGGUGUCUCAAGAAUGCAUAGCAUAUUACUGAAUAGAUAGGUCUGACCCAAUAAGAUCUGAGCACUGGAUAACAUUGGACUUAAUUCCCAAAUGGGCUUUAUUAUUCUGUGAACCCAAGCUGGGUUAGCUGACUUGUUUUGGUUUAUUCUGGCAUUAUUGGCUUACCAGGAGUCAGAUAUAAAUAGUUAGUGAUCAUAACUAGGGUAUCGAACAUUUUUACAGUCCUUAAAAUAAAAUACAAUCUUUCUUUCUUCUCUUUGUUUUAAAUAGCUAAUGGAUUCAAACCCUUUACUGUGAUUUACCCUUAUCUGAUUGUUCAACAUGUAUAGGAAGAAGUAAUCAUUUUUUUGUGUGGGGUGUUUUUUUUUUUUUUUUUUAAGAUGAGUGAGAGAGAUUAACAUGUAAAUAUUAUACAUUUACUGUCAGGACCUGACCACAGCUACUGCAGUAAAUGAAUUGCAAGAUUAAAACAAACGCAAUUGAAAACAAAACUGAACAUCUGCUCGGCAUGUUGCAAUGUGUGUAAAGUAUGUUCAGUUUCUAGUACUGCUGUUUACAACAAAACAAAUAUGACAACACUUCUAGUUGGAGAGUUUGUUUUACACAUGCAGCAGUGGUUGCAUUUUGAGUGGUGUUUUUUUUCCUUUGUUUUCUUAUAAAGAUGUUUAGUAGA